UUCUUCGAUUAGUUCGAGUCUCCAGUUCGGGUUGAAAAGAUGUCCAAGAGUCAAGUUUUGGGUUGUUCGUUCGCGAUUUUGCUGCUGGUCUCGUUAGCAGAUUCAGCGAAAGAGUGCAUCCAGUGCUUCGGCGGAACGGCUGAUUGUGUCGGGCUGAACAAAGUUCAAUGCACGCGGGAGAAUGCUGCCGUUACGGCGUACCGGAUGAGCCACAUUUUUCCGGACGCGCAAGCGAUGACCCCCGCCAGCGACAGCUACUACUGUGCGGAAGCGUCAUACAGCGUGUUUGUGUCCGGUGAAAAUCCAAACCUGCCGCAGAUUCCGGAGUUUCCCGAGUUUCCAGAAAAUACUCAAGUCGUGUUCAAGGUAAAAGGUUGCAUUUUUGCACCGACCGGCAAUCUCUGUGAUAAGAACGUGGACGUGAACGGACAGUUUAGCUGUAGAUACUGCUCUUCAGAUAACUGCAACGGUGCAUUCAGUUUGGGAUGCAGUUUGUUAUUGCUGAUUGGAUGUCUGAUCUUCACUCGGUUUUUAAGUAAUUGAGUCCAAUAAAGUGCCACACAUUUAUUAA